UACUGUCUCUAUUGUCAUAAUCUAUACGAAUGUCCAUCAACAAUACAUUGACCUUGAAAAGAGUAUUAAGUUGCAGUGAGAUGGCUCGUUUAAAAGCGGUUUUUAUUGAUUUAAGUGGAACAUUGCAUGUGGAUAAUGACCAAACUCCCGGUGCUGCAGUUGCACUACAAAGACUACGUAAGUCCGAUCUCAGUAUACGAUUUGUGACCAACACAACCAAAGAAUCUUCGAAAACACUGUUCGAUCGACUGAUAAACAUUGGAUUUGAACUGAAUCCGGACGAAAUAUUCAGUUCACUCAAUGCGGCCAAGAACUACGUACGCACAAACAAUUUGAAUCCGUUUUACAUCCUGUCCUCGGACGCGCUUACUGACUUUCCGCCGGUCAACGACAGUGCUGAAAAAGAUGCAGUUGUGGUUGGACUGUCACCGAAAGAUUUCCACUAUGACAACAUGAACACUGCAUUUUCAAUCCUACUGAAAAAGCAUCCGCUUAUUGCCAUUCACGAAGGAAAAUAUUACAAAACAAGCCAAGGCAUUGCAGUCGGUCCCGGAUGCUUUACGAGAGGAUUGGAAUAUGCCGCUGGCACGAAGGCAAUUAUCGUAGGAAAACCGAAUCCAUUCUUUUUCAAAAGCGCGUUGCCGCCGAAUGUCCAACCGGAGGAAUGUUGCAUGAUCGGUGAUGAUCCAAGAGAUGAUAUUGAAGGUGCCAUGAAGGUUGGAAUGAAGGGAAUUUUAGUAAGAACGGGAAAAUACCGAGCAGAUGUGGCUGUAGAUCCUCCACCCACAGCCACUUUAGAUAAUUUUGCAGCUGCCGUCGACUGGUUGUUUGAGCGAAAUUUUACAAUUGAUUGAACUGUGUACUGUAAUUGGAAUUAUAUCGCUGGAAUAAAGGUAAAAUUAACAGAA